AUGAAUGUAUCGCUGAACUAUACGUUAGCAAAUAAAACGGUGCAAACCGGCACCACGUCGUUAACUGGUUGGUUCAUUGUGACAACAUUUGUCGAGAUUCUCACCUCCUUACUCAUUAUUCUCCUCAUCAUUGCCAUUCUGUACCGGCACGGGAAACCAUCGGAAUCUCAUGUGCAAAUCAUCCUUAUGCUCAGCGUCAGCCUGCUGAUCACAGCCGUAAUCAAUCCGGCUUUAACGCUGCCCCUCUAUUUUCCCUCUUUGACACUAUCGUUAACCAACUGUCGCUUUUUUUACGUCGCCUACAUCAUUUGCCCCAGCAGCGAGCAGUGGGCGGCAUUUAUGCUAUCCAUUAACCGGCUUGUUGCCGUUGUUUUCCCGUCUCAUUAUACGAAGUUCAACAAACGCGGCGUGACCUUUGCGACGAUCUUUCUUGGUUGGCUCACACAUCUGGCGAUUGGGCUGCCGAUCGCGGUGGCUAGCGGCUUUGAUACGGCGCUGGCUCCACCGUUGAAUAUCUGCGUGGUCCGUCCUGUGACGCCCGUCAGCAUUGAGAUCUUUCGGGUUACCGGCAUUCUAGGCAUAUACUUACCGAUAGCGGGGACGAACUUUUGCUAUUUGGUGAUCUUAUUGUCGCAGCUCCGCUUCAGGUUCUCCAAACCAACCAUUGACCGCACAAUGGAUCUGAAAAUACAGCGCCGAAUUUUCAUUGGCAAGAUGUUGUUUGCGUCAUCGUUGUGGCAUUUGGUCUGUCACGUACCACUGAUUGUUGUUACCCACUUUUAUUAUUACCUGUACGUGAAGAACCCACAUCUGCAGUUGUGGAUGCGGACGAUGUAUUAUUCCGGCUAUCUUGGAACACCGGUAUGCUUUAAGAACACACCGUUCUUUUCUUAA